GGGAAGAGGCGGGGUGGGGGGUGCGGUUAAAAGGAGCUGCAGGUGGAAAGUGAGUGCCUUAACCUAAACUCCGCAGGAAACCCCUGAACUUCCUACACCCAGGCAAGAGCCCGGGCUGGAGCUAGGGACGCAGCCGCCGCAGAGGGUGGUGUCAAGUGGCCGCCCACCCGGGCGGAGGCAGCGACCCCGGGAGCAAGCCGGACACUGGAGGGAGCGCGCACCUCGCCCCUUCACAUGCUGCCCAACUGACCCUCCUCCCCUCGCUCCCCUUCCCUCGACAGUCCCUCCCCGUCCGCCCCCUCCAUCAUUCACGGAGUGCCCACACGCCUGCCACACGCCACUAACACAGGUGGCAAUAACUCUGAAAUCCUGAAAACAGAGUAAAAAGUUGCAUUAUGAUGCAGCAGCGUGGGACUUCUGGACAAUCCACUGUUGUAGAAGAUUAAGACUUCUACUUCUUAAGGACAGAAUUUGAUCUAACUAUCUUCUCUUCACCAAAAUCACUGAAUAAGUCAUCAACAAGAUGGAUUGGAGUACCCUGCAUACCUUCAUUGGAGGCGUAAAUAAACACUCCACCAGCAUAGGGAAGGUCUGGAUGACUGUCCUCUUCAUUUUUCGAGUUAUGAUCCUUGUCGUAGCUGCUGAAGAAGUAUGGGGAGAUGAGCAAGAAGAUUUUGUCUGUAACACACUGCAGCCAGGAUGCAAAAACGUGUGCUAUGACCACUUCUUCCCUGUUUCUCAUAUCCGACUUUGGGCCCUGCAGCUAAUUUUUGUCUCCACUCCAGCACUUCUGGUAGCCAUGCAUGUUACAUACAAUAGACACGAGAAGGAAAGACAGUUUAGGAGAGGAGAGAAAGGGAUUGAAUUCAAAGACUUAGAAGAAAUUAAAAAACAGAAAGUUCGAAUAGAGGGGUCUUUAUGGUGGACUUACACUAGCAGUAUUUUCUUUAGGAUUAUCUUCGAAGCCUCCUUUAUGUAUGUGUUUUACUUUCUUUACAAUGGCUAUAAACUGCCCUGGGUGGUGAAAUGCAGUAUUGAUCCUUGUCCCAAUAUUGUGGACUGCUUUAUUUCAAGACCCACCGAAAAGUCUGUUUUUACCAUUUUCAUGAUUGCUGCAUCUGUGAUUUGCAUGCUGUUAAAUGUAGCUGAAUUAUGUUACUUGCUGAUGAAAGUGUGUUUUAGAAGGUCCAGAAGAGCACAGGUUCAAAAAAAUCACCCCAAUCAUGCCAUAAAAGAAAGCAAACAAAAUGAAAUGAAUGAGUUGAUUUCAGACAGUGGACAAAAUGCAAUCACAGGUUUUCCGAGUUAAUAGAUUUUAAAUUAAAACAGAACUAUUAAUGACAAACCUGUAGUCUUCACCUGGCAGUUGGAUACCAAUACCAAACAUUUAUUCCCUAGGCUGAUUUUUUUUAUAACUACCAAUGAAAUUCAUAACAAAUCAGAGACUUAAAUGAAAUCUUUUAGGAGAAUUAAUCAUCUACAUUAUCAGAAAUGUAGUAAACAAUUCUGUAAAAAAUGAAAAGACUAGAUUGACAGUGUGUACUAAAAUAUCUUUAAGUCUACCUUGAGUAGACAUUCUAGUCUGUCUUAACCUCUCAGGGGGUGUGUUUCCUAAAAAGUUAUUAAAUAUUCAGCUGCUAAGAGGGAGAAAAUGUUUUGUCUAGAGAUUGAUGCUAUUAUUAUUACAAAUGUUUUUUAUAGUAUUACUUGUUUUAGUUCUGAACUUCCAUUCAUAAAGUAUUUUUAUAAUGCCAGGUGUUCCAUGUCACUUAAGUAUGAUAUAGUACACAAUUGAGUCAUGAAAAUAGUUGCAGUAUUCUUAUGGGGGAGGAGUAAAACACAUGAGUUUUAAUGAUGACACUACAGUUAUCUAAACUUUAAAAUUAUAGAAGAUCUGUUUUGUAAAUGCAAUAUGUUACAUGGCUCAUUGACAACCAUAUGACCAAUAAUGAUACUAUCAAAAUGGGGGAGAAAUGUUCUGGCUAUUGUGUGUGCUCUUUAAUACAUUUGAAAUGCUUUG